UGCUCUCCCUCGUCUGCUUUUCUCUCCCUCCUCCUCGCCAGCGCCGUUGUGGCUUUCCGCGUGCGCGCGCGCCCCCACCCCCAGGCGAGCGCGGCCACGCGGCUGGUCGGCAGCAAGCGCCAGGUCCGACGGCGGGAGGGACCACCUGCUGGCGCACGGAGGGGAGAAAGUAGGGAAGAGAAGAAACCCGGACGUAUUCCUCGCAGUCAGCCAAGCAGUAACUGCCACCAGGGCUGACUCCGCCCACUGCCGACCCCCCUCCCCUUCCACUCUCGCGCCCUUCCACUUCCGCACGGCCGCCUGCCUUCCCUCCUCCCUCCCCCUCCCGGGGCUGCGGAGCAAGAAGAGAGACGCAAGAGAAGGGGAGCAAGAGCGAGAAAUAAAUCCCUCAAUACUCCCCGACCAAGCGAGAGAGCGCGCGCCCCUGGCACCGCAGGGAUUAAAGACACACAGGAGUCUUCAUGGAUAUAGUUGAUACAUUUAACCAUUUAAUUCCUACUGAACACUUAGAUGAUGCCCUAUUUCUAGGAUCCAACCUGGAGAAUGAAGUCUGUGAGGAUUUUAGUACAAGUCAAAAUGUCUUAGAGGAUUCGCUGAAGAACAUGCUCAGUGAUAAGGACCCUAUGCUAGGAUCUGCAAGUGCUCAGUUCUGUUUGCCUGUUUUGGAUAGCACUGAUCCCAAUUUCCAGAUGCCUUGUUCAACAGUUGUCGGACUUGAUGAUAUUAUGGAUGAAGGAGUUAAAGAAACUGCCCGCAGUACCAUUGAUGAAGAUGAUAUUUCGCCUAACAGGAAUUUGAGGGACCAAAUGGAUGGAGCUUCAGUCAAAUCACCAAGAAAAUCUCCACGUUUAAUGACACAAGAACCAGUACGAAGUCUGCGGCAGAGCACGCUAGCCAAGCGCUCAAAUACUUCACCAUCUGCUAACCCAAAGAAACUGACUGUAAAGUCUGGAUCUACCCAAAAGGGAGGACUGAAACAGCAGAAUAAAGGGCAGACUAGACAUGAAGAUGCAGAGCAUCCAAAAGAGGCUGCACAUGGUGCUGGUGAACCUUGUCAAGGAGAAGAGGCAACAGUAGUCUCAUUACCAUCUUCAAGUAAUUCAGAAUGGGUUACUUGUGCAAAGUCUGAUGAAUUGAAAGCAGAUAGUGAACAUAAAAUUUCCAGUCAGGCCAAAAUAGUUGAAGCAUCUCAUGAAUUAGGAAAUUCUUCUCACUUACCAGGGACCAGUUUUCCAACUAAAGAAAUGGAAAGUGGGACGGAGGUUGUCAAAGAAAGUAAAUGUGGUAAUAUUGGUCCAGGGUUGGCAGCUUCUGCUUAUGCAGAGACUAAUCAGGUACAAAACAGCAGUCUAGUUAAAAAUGAAGCAGAUGGAACUAUGUUGAAUAAAUAUACUUCUGAAAAUUCUUCAGAAGAAAAGGUAGACUUUAAAACCUCUGAAGAACUAAAUGAAGCUAUGAUGAAUGACAAAAGCAAGGAGACUGAAAAGGCUGAUACUCCCUUUGUUACCACACCGUAUGAGAAUGCAAGUGAAAUUCAGGAAACCCUUUCAGUUCAGUCCAGUGUUGUGGAUGGAAAGCCAGAUUGUAGCUUGCAAGCUGAUGGAGAAGUUGCUCAUGAGGUUAGCUUGCCAGAAGAAGACAAACAAGAACCUUUAGGUGACCCUAAAAGGGCUGAGACAAAAGAUGAUCCUACUUUAGAUAGAAUGGAAUUUGCUCAGACUGAUACAAAAAGCAUCAAUACCCCUUCUGCCAAAUUAGAAACUAACAUAUUAGAAGGUGAUAUUGUUCAAACUGUACAACAGCAGACUGACAGUGUAAAACUAGGAGAGCAUGGGUCACAAGAGCUACAGGAAGACGAGCAUACUAGCAUUUCAUCCAAAUGUGUAAAAAAUGUGAAGCCCAAACAUAUCAAGUACAAACAAAAUAAGAUUUCAGUCCAACAAAAAUUAGCUUCCAUAAACCAAGAUGUACACACUAAAUCACAAGUUCUUCCAGGUAUUCACAGUCUGUCUUCAGUAAGUUUGAAACGCCAUGUGGAGGAGCAAGGGAGUCUGCAACAAUUUCAUAAGCCAGUCAAAGUUAAGAAAAAGCAUGUUGAUAAAGAUGUGAAAACUCAGAGCUGUGACUCUGGGGUGGCCCUAAAAAGGCAGCCCCAUUUAUUAGAGAGAAGCAUUCCACGAGUCCAGAUCCCAGCGCAGGUACGGAAGUCGUCAGCAGAGAGAGGAAGUGACAAGUCCCCCGGCCGUCAUGCUGGUUCAAAAGAAACCUCGCAUUUGGUCUCUGGAUCUGUGCAUCCCAAACAAGGGCAAUUGCCACAUUACAGUCCGAAGCAGUUACAGAAACAUCACCUUGUGAGAGCAAAUAAUUGUGUUAAGGAAGAAGGAGUAAAAAAAGAUUCCACAGGAGUACCCGUGGAGCAUUUGAAAGAGGAUGAAAAAGAAAAACUGAAACUCAAAAAAUUAGAGAAGAGUCUUCAACCUCGACAGAGGAGAAACAGCAGAAGUCUUUCAGUUGAUGAGCCCCCUUUAUUCAUUCCGGAUAAUAUUUCUACUGUAAAACGAGAGAGCUCAGAACACCUAUCUCCCAGUGAAAGCAAAUGUCCCUGGGUACCUAGUAAGCAGUGUGGGUUUUGCAGAAAGCCACAUGGCAACAGUUGUACAUCUAUUCCAGCCUUACAACAUGGGUUCAUGGUAGGCUGCGGUAGGUGUGAUGAUUGGUUUCAUGGUGAUUGCGUUGGGCUGAGUCUUUCUCAAGCACAACAAAUGGGAGAAGACGACAAAGAGUAUGUGUGUGUGAAAUGUUGUGCUGAGGAGGACAAAAAGCCAGACCUUCUUGAUCAAAAUAUGCUGGAUGCACAGGUGAAACUGGAAGCAACUAGAGAGGGUAGAACAAUGGAAUGUGAGAAGCCUGGAAUAUCAAAACAAGCAAUCACGUGCCCUCAAAAUAAAGCAAAGCAAGAAGAUGCUGUGAAGCACAGAGUCAAAAUUUUUAAACGGGAAUCCAGUGAGGGAAAAGCUGUAUCGGAAUGCAAAGAUUCUGAAAUGAAAAAGGGGCAGCAGACUCCUAACAGGAAAACUGGACAAAUGGUUACAGUUCCUCGCCGGUCUUCAGAGGACAAACAUGAAAAAAUGAAUAAAGAUAAUCUUAAUGUUUCUUGUGCAAGUGAAAGCACUCCAAAAUCAGGUGUUCAAGAUAAACAAGAAGUCAAAAAGAAAAGACCAGAGAAAGGAGGAACAGUCAGUAAUGUUCACCCAUCUACUGCCCCUGCAUCCAAACCUUCUGCUGAUCAGAUAAGACAGAGUGUUAGGCAGUCGCUUAAAGAAAUCCUGGAGAAAAGACUUGCAGAUUCCACGCUGAAGAUUCCUGACGAAAGAGCAGCAAAAGUUGCAAACAAGAUUGAAAAAGAACUGUUUUCUUUUUUUCGGGAUACUGAUUCCAAGUAUAAGAAUAAAUACAGAAGCUUGAUAUUCAACCUAAAAGAUCAAAAAAAUAAUAUACUAUUUAAAAGAGUACUGAAAGGUGAAGUUACUCCAGACCAUCUCAUAAGAAUGAGCCCAGAAGAAUUGGCUUCCAAAGAACUAGCUGCAUGGCGGAAAAGAGAAAAUAGACAUACAAUUGAAAUGAUUGAAAAAGAGCAGAGGGAAGUGGAAAGGCGACCUAUCACAAAAAUUACUCAUAAAGGAGAAAUCGAGAUUGAGAGUGAGACUCCAGUAAAAGAGCAAGAAGCAGCUUUGGAAAUUCAGGAGCCAUCCCCUGUUAAGAUUGUGGAGAAGGUGGAGGAGAUUGAAAAAGAAACAGAAACUGAUGAAUCUGCCACUCCUGAUACAACAAGUCAACACAGAAAUCAUCUCUUUGACCUUAAUUGUAAAAUUUGCACAGGUCGAAUGGCACCACCUAGUGAUGACCUUUCUGGAAAAAAAGUGAAAGUUUCAGUUGGAGUUGCACGCAAACCAUCUGAUAAUGAAGCAGAAAGCAUAGCAGAUGCACUUUCUUCAACAACUAACAUUUUAGCUUCAGAAUUAUUAGAGGAAGAUAAUGAGAUGCCGAAUCUAGCACUCGCCUCUGCUUCAACCUCUAGAUCAGAAACGCCUGGCACUAUUGAAAGUGAAACGCUAUUUCUAGCCCGUCUGAACUUCAUUUGGAAAGGCUUUAUCAACAUGCCAUCUGUUGCAAAGUUUGUUAUCAAGGCUUAUCCCAUCUCUGGUUCUUUUGAAAGCUUAACAGAGGAUUUGCCAGAUAGUAUCCAAGUAGGUGGCAGGAUAUCACCUCAAACUGUUUGGGAAUAUGUUGAAAAAAUAAAAGCUUCUGGGACGAAGGAAAUCUGUGUGGUUCGUUUUACUCCUGUGACUGAAGAGGAUCAGAUUUCAUACACUUUGCUGUUUGCGUACUUCAGCAGCAGAAAACGCUAUGGUGUAGCUGCUAAUAACAUGAAGCAAAUUAAGGACUUAUAUAUUAUCCCUUUAGGCGCCUCUGAUAAAAUUCCACAUCAGUUGGUGCCUUUUGAUGGUCCUGGAAUUGAAGUGCACCGACCCAAUUUGUUACUGGGAUUGAUCAUUCGCCAGAAGCUAAAAAGAAUGAUUAGUGCUGUUGCUAAUAUAAGUACUAGUCAUGCUGAAGAAAGUCCUGAAAGUGGCUCUGUGAGUUUGCCACCAGAAAAGAAAAGCAAACUGAGCAAACUUGAAGUCCUUCCUUCUGAAGUAGUAGAAAAGGAGGAAGAAAAUGAUUUUUUUAACUCCUUCACAGCUGUGUUGCACAAACAAAGGCUCAAGUCCCAACAGUCUAAUCCUGAAGAAGUAAUUGCCAGUGAACCAGUUGUGGAAAGCAUAAAACAUGAACCACUAAAGCCCCUGCGGUUCCUUCCUGGAGUUCUGGUUGGAUGGGAAAGUCAGCCAUCUGCUCUUGAGCUAGCAAGUAAACCAUUGCCAGUGGAUGACAUUCUUCAAAGCCUUUUGGAUACCACAGGGCAGAUGCCUGAACAUAUUCAACCAUCAGUAGACCAGUCUGCUAGUGAACGUCUGCCUUUUUUGGAUAAAGAAGCAAGCAUAAAAGAAGAAAAAAUGGACAUUCCUGUAGUAAGUGCUGAAGCCGAAGAAACAAAAGGCAAACCAGAUGAUUCAAGAGAAUCAACUGAUAUCGUAGAAGCUGAUACAUCACUAGCAGAUGUCUCGUGUUCUUCAGGAAAUCUGACUGGCCUAAGUCUUAAGGGGAAACCACCUGAUGUUUCUACGGAAGCAUUUUUAGCGAACUUAACUAUUCUAUCACAGAAGAAAGAAACCAAAGAGACUACAGAAGACAGUCUAAAAGUGGCAGACCUAGAUAAUAUAUCUCAGGAAAGCAAAAGAACCACAGAUUGUCCUGUCUCAUUGGGCACUGGGAAAGGAGUUGGGAGCAAUAAUACUGGUAUAGCUUCUGUUGAUAGUGUGAUUCUUAAUAGUUCAAAAUCUCCACCCUUCAUUAAUCUUAAAAGGGAUCCAAGGCAAGCAGCUGGACGAGGCCAACUGAACAACGCUUCAGAAAAUGAAGGUGACAGUAUUAGAAAUGAAGAAAUACAAAUGGACACUUUAGAAACAGAACAGAUUAAAGUAGAAAAUAAGCAGCCUUCAGGAAAUGACCAAGACCUAGAUCAGAGUGAUAGUCAAGCAUGCCAGAAGAUAUUGGCUUCAGCAGAUAGUGUGUGUUCCUCACAGCUGGAAGAUACAAAUCAGUUGUGUGAAGAAGCACUAAUGCAAAGCAUCGAGACAGUACAUUCAGUUAGAAGAGGAAUAUUGCCGCCAGCACCAUCAUCUCAGUUUGAAACAGAAAAUUCCUGCCAUUCUGAAUUCAGUACUAAAAUAUCUAGUCCUGUUGCUGGUGGAAACUUCUCCCCAAUUAGAACUCAGCAGCCCAAUUUUCAACACACAAAAGCUACUCCACCUGGUUUUCAGUUUCAAGGGGCUGUUGCUCCUAAUUUUCCACCACAGAAUAAUCCUGUGUUUGGGUUUCCCCCUCACCUGCCCCCUCCACUUCUUCCUCCGCCCGGUUUUGGCUUUGCUCAAAACCCUCUGAUGCCGUGGCCACCUGUGAUUCAUCUGUCAGGUCAGCCCCCACACUUUGUUGGACCAGUUGCACCAGCACCUCCACUGGUUCACAAACAGUCGAGAUUCUCAGGGCCAGACCAUUUUUAUCAGAGUAGAGACAACAGGAGACCAGAAAGGCGUCAUAGUGACCCUUGGGGCAGGCAAGGUCAGCACAUGGAGAGAGCAUUCAGUAGGAGGAAAAGUGACCAGCAUAGGCAGAGAUUUUAUAGUGAUUCCCAUCACCAAAAAAAGGGCAGGCAUGACUGGGAGCCAGAUUCCGAAAGGAACAGACACAGAGAUAGAAACCAGGAGAAAGAAAGAGAUAGAAAAAGCAGGGACGAAGGGCACAGGGACAAAGAGAGGUCACGGCUUUCACAUAGCGAUAAGGACUCUGAAGGCAAAUCCUCAAGAGAAAGUAGAAAUCCUGAAAAGAAAGAUGUUCCUAAAAGUGAAGAGCGUGCUCAUGAGAAGGAGAAAGAAAGAGAAAAAAGUAGGGAGAGGCAUAGAGAACGAGAUAGCGAAAAGAACAGAGAUAGACAUCACAAAGACAGGGACCACAGUGACAGAAGCAAAAGCCUCAAGAUCCACAUUUGGAUACACCAUAUAGCAUAAACUGGAUGGUGCUGAAGGCAUUAAAAAAGAAAAAAAAGAAAAAGACCAGUAUUGAUCACCAGGUGUUUCCCAAGCAUCUAAAACAGUGUGUGAACAGAACUUAGAAGGCUGCGUGGUCCAAAAUUUUAUUGCUUUAGGAUGCACUUAUUUUAGUAAGAUUUUUUUUUUUUACAAUUUUAGCUUUUAUGCUAUGAUUUGUAUUAAUUUUCCAACCAUUUCUCAUGCUUCAAAAACUUGAAUACCUAAGCUUGUACAUGACAUUGUGUUUUACUAUCCUUUAUAUUGUAAAAUGUAAAUAUUUUAAGGGAUAUUUUGUUUCUACAAAUGAUAAAGCCUUCUCACAGCUGUUUGUUUGAUUUUAAUAGAUGUGAAGCAAUAGGCUUAAUCAAUAUAACAAAGAUGUAUAAAUGUGGCUUGGCUUUACAAUUCAUUUUUAAUAACCCUAGGGUUUUUAAUAAAUAUAUCAGUAAAAAUUUUGUGAUUUCUGUGGAAGAUUACAGUAUACUGCUGUUUCUGUUGGAUACCAUUGCAAUAUUCUGUUCAACAUCCUGUUUUGAAGUAUUUAGUAAAAUUAAGCGCAUUGCAUAAAGAA